ACUCUAAUCCACCUCCCCUGCUCUCCGCCGCUGUGCCACCGCUCAAAGAGCGCUCUAAUCUCAAGAGAGGAAAAGUCUAAUAAAAGGGAGAACAUUGAGAAGCUUCAGAUGAAUCAAUGGCGGAAGAAAACCCUAGGGCAAAGCCUGAACAUGGCGGGCGUCGCAUCAUUUCUGAGCGUCGCAACAAGAAAGCCACACCUUGCUCUACCCCAUCUAUCCGUUCCCGAUUUCCGCUGGAUCGAUUGGUCUGAGCUCGAGCGACUAGGGUUUCGCGGCGUCGUCUUCGACAAAGACAAUACCCUUACUGCUCCUUACUCUCUCUCCCUGUGGCCUGCGCUUUCCGGAUCAUUCGCUCGAUGCCAGACCGUUUUUCCGGGAAAAGUUGCGAUUUUCAGCAACUCUGCGGGUUUGUGUCAAUAUGAUCCUGAUGACUCUGAAGCAAGGACUCUUGAGGAAUCGAUAGGAGGAAUUCAUGUUAUAAGGCAUGAAUUGAAGAAACCAGCUGGAACAGCUGAAGACAUAGAAAAGUACUUUGGCUGUCCAGCCUCAGAUCUAAUCAUGGUGGGUGAUAGAUAUUUCACUGAUGUUGUUUAUGGAAACAGAAAUGGCUUUCUCACCAUCUUGACAGAUCCUUUAAAUCUUUCCUUAGAGCCCUUCAUUGUGAAGCAGGUGAGGAAGCUGGAGGGCUAUAUUGUGAAGUAUUGGUAUGGUAAAGGUGUAAAAGCUGCAAAACAUAUUUUACUUCCUGAUGUCCAUCAUUGUGUGAAGGCUUCACCCUCAUAAUUGUUCCAGGCUUUAUUAAGGUGAAGGCCAUAUAUUAAUAUUAUUGAGAGUUUACUCAUGCAAAUGAAUAUAUAUUAUGCUGACAAGUGUAUUUAGUAGCGGAAUGAUGGAGCAUGG